AUGGCGUUUAGAACAUGUUUUGUUACAAUAACAUUGUUCGUGAUUAUUAAGACUCAAAUGUGUCUGUCUGAGAAUGAGAUCAACAGACAUAGCUUCCCAAAGGGCUUUGUUUUCGGAACUGCUUCUUCAGCUUUUCAGCUCAGUUGGUUAGAGCGUGUGGCUGUUAACCACAAGGUCGGAGGUUCAACCCCUCCUUCUAGCUAUGAAGGUGCAGUGAAAGAAGAUGGAAGGGGGCCAUCUAUUUGGGAUACUUUUUCACAUUCUGCAAAAAUAGAAGGUAACAGCAAUGCUGAUGUUGCAGUGGAUCAGUAUCAUAGAUAUCAAGGAGACACAGAACUCAUGAAGGACAUGGGAAUGGAUGCUUAUAGGUUUUCAAUUUCUUGGACUCGCAUUUUUCCCGAUGGAUCUGGGUUGCUCAAUCAAGCAGGAGUUGAUCACUACAACAAACUCAUUGAUGCUUUACUGGCCAAAGGAAUUGAACCAUAUGUGACUCUCUAUCACUGGGACCUACCCCAAACUUUGGAAGACAAGUACACAGGAUGGCUUAGCCCUUUGAUCAUAAAAGACUUUGCAGCAUAUGCUGAGACAUGCUUUGAGAAAUUCGGAGACAGAGUGAAACACUGGAUCACAUUCAAUGAGCCUCAUACAUUUGCUAUGAUGGGGUAUGAUAUUGGACAACAUGCACCCGGAAGAUGCUCAAUUCUUCUUCACACGCUUUGCAGAACUGGAAACUCUGCUACUGAACCUUAUAUUGUGGCUCAUAAUGUUCUUCUUUCUCAUGCUAUGGUAGCAGAUAUUUACAGGAAAAAAUAUCAGAAAAUUCAAGGUGGAUUUGUAGGUAUAUCUUUGGAUGCAAUUUGGUUUGAGUCAGCAACCAAUUCUAAAGAAGACAUCGAAGCAACUCAAAGAGCCCUGGAUUUUACCCUUGGCUGGUUCCUUGACCCAUUGAUUUUCGGAGAUUAUCCCAAUUCAAUGAAAAGUAGAGUAGGGACAAGGCUACCAAAAUUUUCUAAAUCUCAAGCUAGUCUUGUUAAGGGCUCAUUAGAUUUUGUUGGCAUCAACCAUUACACUACAUUUUAUGCAAUGCACAAUGCUUCUAAUUUACUUGAGGAUGCGCUUAAUGACUACAUUGCAGACGCCGGAGUUUUUACCGUUCCUUUCAAUGGUACUGAGAUUAUUGGAGAAAAGGCAAAUUCUCUAUGGUUGUAUAUAGUACCACAAGGGAUGAGAAGCAUAAUGAAUUACAUUAAACAGAAGUAUGAGAAUCCUCUAGUCAUUAUAACUGAAAAUGGUAUGGAUGAUCCUAAUGAUCCAUCAAUCUCAAUCAAGGAUGCUUUGAAUGAUGACAAGAGAAUCAGAUACCACAAUGACUAUUUAAGCAACUUACUAGCUUCUAUCGAAGAAGAUGGAUGCAAUGUAAAAGGCUAUUUUGUGUGGUCACUGCUGGAUAAUUGGGAGUGGCAAGCUGGAUAUAGUUCUAGAUUUGGUCUGUAUUUCAUUGACUACAAGGAUAAUUUAAAGAGAUAUCCAAAAAAUUCUGUUGAAUGGUUCAAAAAGUUUUUGAACUAAGCUCAACAACAAAGAUGUUUUAUAAAUG